GAUGAGGAGAGAGUAGCAGUGGGUGAUGAGUCAGUGGAUGAAUGAAUUUACCACACUCUUCUUCCCAAAAGAAAAGAAGUCACCAUCCAGAGGAACCCCAGCGUCCACCAAAGAUGAGCUGAAGAAAUGAAAGCCAUGGAAGAACAAAGAGCACACGCGAGUCAAGACUCGAGGAGAAACCCCGCCAUUAGAUUAAGCAGACCGACCUCCUCCAAGAGUCCAAUUUCAACUCGAGUAAACAUUGAUUCUCUUCUCGUGUUAUUCCCAUUGACACUCCACUCAAAUCUAACCUCCCCCACCAAAUAAGAUACUGCCACAUCUCUCUCUCUCUCUCUCUCUCUCUCUCUCUCUCUCUAGGAAGGGUGUUUCUUGUCUGUAACUGUUCAGUUCCUCCGUGAGUGGGGUUGCUUGAAGUACACAGGGCAUUUCAAUUCGUGCGUCGGUUUCAGUUCGUGGAAUUAAUUUCACGUUGGUGAAGAAGAAGGCGUUUCUGGGGUCACUGCGGGUUCCAGAGCAUGUGGUUUAUUCACAGAGAGAUUGAUUAAUCUCUUUUCUUCCCCUUUUUUAAUUUUUUUGUGUUUCCUCCGCCAAAAGGGUAGAAAAAGAUUAUUGCUUUGCUCUCACUGAACGUGGGGUCUCUCUCUUGCUGAUCUAUUUCCAUUCCCUCUUCGAUCUCGCUUCAAGUGUUGCCAAGUCUAUUAGUUUAGCAAUCUUUUUUUUCUUUCUCUCUUUUGUAGAGUUUAAUUUUUCCCUUUUCUAUAUUGUAUUUGGGCUUUAUUGGUGCUUGUUCCUCAUUGAGGGAGUUGGGGUUAGGAUUGGGAUUAGGUGUUGAAGGAGAUGGGGGUGGUGAUGCAAGUGAUCAUUGCCCAGCUGGUUCAAGUCUGUAUCAUCACCUUUGCUUCAGCUGUUCAGGGAUCUGCAGGGUACAACAUAUCUCCAUCUACUGAUAAUUUCUCCGCUAUUCCCCCAAUAGGAGCAGAGCCUCCUGCCCAUCAAAUGAAGUCACUCAAAAGCAGCGCGCCAAGUUCAUUAGAUGGCUCAACUUUGCGCUCUCCACUAGCAGCACCACCUCUUUUGUCUUCCUCGCCGUCCCCAGACCAAAGAAGCCCGGUCCAAAAUGCACCGAGCCCCAUAUCUCAGCCCAAUGGGUCUAUUUUACAACCUCCACUUGCAUCACCACCUUUGUCUGCUUUGCCGCCUCCGAAGACUACUGAACUUGUACCAUUGUUGUCACCAAGUAAUCCUAGUUCAUUCUUUCCACACCUGUUGGCGCCUCCACCAAUGAGUACUGAAAGAGGGGUUUUGGCUCCCCCACCAAGCAAAUCUCCUGAGAAGGCACCGGUACAUGUAACUCCUGCAGUCUCUGUAGCUCCUGCUCCUACUUUAACACCUAGAAAACAUUCACCUGCACAGUCACCAGUAGACAAUGCUAGUAUUCCUGCAACUUCCCCACCAGCUGGACACCAAAGAAAUGAUUCAGCAGGCCAUAGUCCCGUCCCUGAAGCAAGUGUCCCAACGCCAUUUCCAUCUCCACCGAGAAAAAUAGGACAGAGUCCACCAGCAGAACAUCCUGUGAUGCCUCAUAUCGCACCACCUGUACCACCUGUGCCAGCAGCGUCUCCAUCAAAUGAGGGGACACAAAAUUCUCCGUCAGUCCACCCACAUGCACCUGAAGAAUCUCCAUCCAUAGAAGCAGGUCAUCACAUGUCUCCCGCAUUACCUCCACUGAAGGAAAGAGACAAGAUGCCUGCUGCUCCACCCUCAAAUAAUGCAGCCACUGAUCUAUCUCCUGCGAAACAUCCACCUAAAGGUUCUUUUGAUGCUGUAUCUCCUUCAGUGCACAAAGCUGGCACUCCCGCUCCCUCACUUUUGCCCCCUCCAAGCGAAGGGCAUCGUUCGCCUGCAUCUUUACCUCCAGCUUCAUUUGUUAACCAUCGUCAUACUAGGAAGGCCAUACUACCUCCAAGCCAUUCGCCUUUGCCUUCUACAGAUUCAUCUGGCGGCGUAGCUCCUUCCCCACACAAAACCGGUCAUAUCUAUGCCGAUGCUCCCUUGCCUCCUCCUCCAUUACCUUCCAGCACAGGGCAUCCUAUUUCUGCAAAGUCGCCCUUGCCCUCAUCUAACAUGCGUCGUGUAAGAGGGAACAAAAUUAGCAGUCCUCCUCCUUUCUCCGACCAUCGAGCUUCUUCUCCAGGUCCAGUUUCCGCUCCAGCUACACUUCCACAACAUAAACAAAGACAUAAUACUUCUCCAUCACCGAGUCCAGGCUCUUUGGUUUCUCCACCCCAUUUCACCAAUCCUCCUUCAAAGAGUGACUUACCGCUUGCACCUUCUCCGUCUCCAAGAACUGCAUCUGGCCAUCCCAAAAUUCCUCCUUCUAAGCCUCCAUCGACAAAUCUCAUAGUGGCUCCUCCGCCUCCUAUUCGGGCAUUACCACCCCCACCUCCAAAUCAAGAUUGUUCAACAACGACAUGCAUGGAGCCAUACACCAAUACUCCUCCUGGGUCCCCCUGUGGCUGCGUAUGGCCUAUGCAAGUCGGUCUGCGUCUCAGUGUUGCUCUUUAUACUUUCUUCCCCUUGGUUUCGGAGUUGGCUGAAGAAAUUGCUUCAGGGGUGUUUAUGAAGCAAAGUCAAGUCCGCAUAAUGGGGGCGAAUGCUGCCACUGAGCAGCCCGAGAAAACCAUCGUGCUAAUUGACUUGGUACCUCUGGGGGACGAAUUUGAUAAUACUACUGCUUUCUUGACUUUCGAGAGAUUUUGGCAUAAGCAGAUCUUCAUAAACACUUCCUACUUUGGUGAUUAUGAAGUACUGUACGUGCGAUAUCCCGGAUUACCUGCAUCACCGCCUUUGCCCCCAGAUGCUGCAAUAAUCGAUGGUGGGCCCUAUUCUGCCAAUGACAAUAAUGCAAGAACAAAUAAACCUCUCGGGGUAGAUGUGCAGAGGGGGCAGCAUAAUCACGGGCUAAGUGGGGGUGCGGUUGCUAUUAUUGUCCUAUCUGCCCUUGUUGCUGUUGUUUUAUGCUCUGUUGCCGGUUGGAUUUGGAUAAUGAAACACAGAGAUCGAGUUUUUCGACCUGCGCCGACUCCCCAGGCCUUGUUACCGUCUGUUGCAAAGUCACCAGUUACGGCAGGGCCUAUCCUCGGAAGUGGGCCGAGCUCUGCCUCGUUGUCAUUUGGAUCUAGCAUACCAACUUAUGCAGGGUCAGCUAGAACUUUAAGCGUGAGUGACAUUGAAAGAGCUACUGAUCAUUUCAACGAGUCAAGAAUACUUGGCGAAGGUGGCUUUGGGCGUGUAUAUAGUGGCAUUCUUGAAGAUGGGACCAAAGUAGCUGUGAAAGUUCUGAAGAGGGAGGAUCAACAGGGUGGCCGGGAAUUCUUAGCCGAAGUCGAGAUGCUUAGCCGCUUACAUCACAGGAAUCUUGUCAAGCUGAUUGGUAUAUGCACGGAGGAACGUGUCCGCUGCCUUGUGUACGAACUUAUUCCGAAUGGCAGUGUGGAAUCUCAUUUGCAUGGAGUUGACAAGGAAGCUGCCCCACUAGAUUGGGGCGCUAGGAUGAAGAUAGCGCUCGGUGCUGCUCGUGGUUUGGCCUAUUUGCAUGAGGACUCAAGCCCGCGUGUUAUACAUAGGGACUUCAAGGCCAGCAACAUAUUAUUGGAACAUGAUUUUACGCCUAAAGUGUCGGAUUUUGGUUUGGCUCGCACCGCUAUGGAUGAGGAAAAUAGACACAUCUCUACACGUGUCAUGGGAACCUUCGGGUAUGUUGCUCCCGAAUAUGCCAUGACAGGGCAUCUUCUCGUGAAAAGCGAUGUCUACAGUUAUGGAGUCGUACUCCUUGAGCUCCUGACAGGAAGAAAGCCGGUUGACAUGUCACAGCCACCUGGUCAAGAGAACCUAGUUGCCUGGGCUCGUCCGCUACUCACUAGCAGAGAAGGGCUAGAAGCAAUUCUAGACCCAUGUCUUGGACCUACCGUCCCCUUUGAUAGCGUGGCCAAAGUGGCGGCGAUCGCUUCGAUGUGCGUGCAGCCGGAGGUAUCACACCGUCCUUUCAUGGGUGAGGUCGUGCAGGCGCUAAAACUAGUAUGUAAUGAGUGCGAGUGUGGUGAGGCUAGAGAGGCCGGUUCCAGAAGUUAUAGCCGAGAAGAUUUGUCCAUUGACUUGGAUCCCAAGGCUGGUGCUGGCUCUGGACCGUCACAGCAUCCUCUACAUGGCAGAUACUCGGAUCCAGACUACGAUUCUGUCAGUAAUAGUGAGCGAGGAGUGUCGGUUUCGGAUUUUCUCGGCACAGCAGGGUACACAAGGCCCAUCUCAAUUUCAUUUCGGAGGUAUUCGAGCUCGGGUUCUUUAAGAGUGGGAAGAGGAAGGCAUUUUUGGGAGAGACUGAGGAGAUUGUCCGGAGGCAGCGCGAGUGAACACGGCGGCACCUUUUUGGGUUUAUGGCCAGGUUCCAACUGAGGGAAAUCUCUUAAGCUGAGAAGCAUCGACUCGAGUUGCUACCUUUUUGAUUUCUUUGUUCUUGGAUUUUUGCAGAUCAGCCAGCACAGUAGUCCUCUAUGGACGACUACGGCUCACAUCAGCUUGUGAUCACAGAACAGGAGAACCAGUCGGUGCGAACCGACAGUCCGGCAUAAAUGUUCGGCACCAACGGGAUGUCAUUAAUCCUACCUUAAUAAGUGUAUAUGGAGGAGGAGCUGUUACAGACUGAGCUUUCCGCCGAGGCCGCGAAUGCGCGGUUGUGCUACUUACGGGAGGGGAUGGUUUUGUUUAAUGAGGCGUAAAUUUUUUUGUUGACUUGUAAUUGGAGAGAGAGAAGAUGGUUGGAAUGAAAAGCUUCAAUGUCUGAAAUGUACAGAACGUUAAUGGUGAGCGAAGCACUCCAUUCAC